AUGAUCGCAGAAGAGGAUGGCACUUCUAAAUGGUACAAUGACAAUCACUUCGGUGACUUCGGUGAUCUUGACAUGGGUGGACCUUGGACUGGCUUGACUCUUUUCAGCAAACCAGAGGAAGAGGUCUUUGAUCCUCUUCCUUCUGCAGAUACUGAAGCAGACACUUCCGCAAGAGCUCCUAGGUCACUUCCCGUGCCGAAAGAGCCAACUGCACAAGAGCGUGCUGAGCAUGAACUUACCCAUCUCCCUUUUCGGAGUUGGUGUAAGAUUUGUGUUGAGUCCAAGUCUCGGCAGGAUCAUUCGAAGAAACUUCGGCUGAAGCAACCUGUACUUCAGUGCGAUUACUCGUUCAUCACUGACCCGGAGACAAAGGACCAUGUCACACUUCUCAACGUGCGAGAUGUUUUGUCUGGACUUGCUUUGUCGUGCGUUGUCCCUUGUAAAGGUCAUUCUGUCUACGCGGAAGGUGAACUUCGCAGGUUUGUUCUUGAAACUGGUCGCACUUUUGGAACGUUGCAAGCGGAUCCUGAACCAGCACUUCUUACGGUUGUGCAAACCAUGACGUCUGAACUUGGCGGACUUUCACUUCGGAAAUCUCCAACAGAGUGGAAGCAAGCACAAGGAGCUGUAGGCAACGCCCAGCAACUUCUGUACGCUCAGGUUCGCGCACUUCGUCAGGACUUCGCGUCUAGGUACGGUUUCAAGCUUUCCGUCACUUCUCCGUUGUUUGCUUGGCUUGUGAAGCAUGCGCAAUUCCUUCUGAACAACUUCUCUGUUCGCUCUGAUGGUUUAACGCCGUAUGAGCGACGUUGGUCGCGGAGAUACAAUUCUGAACUUUGCAAGUUCGGUGAAAUUGUCAUGUGUAGACUUCCUGGCAAGCAUUCAAAGGCAGAGCCUUCCUGGGUGCAAGCCAUUUGGCUUGGUCGUGACACUUCCGCUGACAUGCGCUUGAUCGGCACCACUUCGGGUGUGCUCAAAACCAGGAGCAUUCGCCGACUUCCUGUGUCGGAACAAGUUGACCAACGUAUGGCUGAGGACUUCAAGGCAUCCCCCUGGGAUCCGAAAGGUCGUGGUGAGGACACGGAUGUUCUCAUACUUCCUCCUCCGCCAGCAGAGAUUGCAAGUGGUGCGCCCGUGACGCCUUCUCGUGUUGCGGACGCUCCAUCCACUGCUUUUGAAACUUCGGCACCAUCUCAUGGCACCAAACGAACUUCGGAAGACAUAGAGCUUGAUGACGUAGAUGAACCCGCCAACUUGUUUCAGCGUGUCGGACCAUCCACUUCCGACUUGAAGCGUUCAGCCCCCGACACAGUUCCAGGAGCGGAACGAAACUUCAGCGGAUUGGAGCUGUUCUUGAAGAUGAUGAUUCACUUCCUGUUUCUUUGCUUGACUGUUGCUUCUGUCACUACAAAGCAUGGACUUGACGUUCCAAUUGAGCCCAAUGUUGAUCGUGAAGAAGAGCUUCAAGCACUUCGCGCAGCCGAUCCCGUCUUGUGGUACGACACUGAGUUUGACCGCGAGCAGGAGAUUGCAGGCAUGAACAAGGAAAUGACUUCCAUCAAGAACUUCGAGGUGUAUGAAGAGGUCUUGACUUCCGAAUGUACUUCCGAGCAACUUCAGAAUGCCAUUUCAACAAAGUGGGUGAAACGGCCAAAAGGCGGCGAGGUCAAGUGCCGCGUGUGCGUUCGUGGAUUCGAUCAAGAGGUCGACCCCGACGACACUUACGCCAGCACGCCGUCCCUCAUCACACUUCGCUUGUUGUUGACACUUGCCAUUGCGUUUGACUGCUUUGUCAUUGCAGGCAUCGUGGCAAUCAAGAAAGUUGCUGGAACCUUGAACACUUCUGAUGUGAUGACAAAGUACAUCACUAAGGAGGCUCCCGAGUAUGAUAGUUAUGGUUCACUUCAUCCCGGGUUUGAAGAGUGGAGCACCAGUGAAACCAUGCCACCUAAGAUGGCAAAGGCACUUCCACGCAUUCCACCACUUUCAUGGCGGAACUUCCAGACACAUGAGGAGGUUCAGCAGCAGCAGAGGCUUCAAGAUCAACUUCAGGCGCAGCGUAUGAACAGAGGGUUGGACUUCAGUUCGAGUCCUGAUCUGCAAACUUCGGUGAUGCCACCGUAUGACAACCCUCACUUCAUUCUGCAGUUGAAUCCAGAGCAUUUUCUGCAUAGUUUUUGGAACAAGGAGUCAGAAGUCAUGAUGAAUACUCCUGAGGAACAACUUCUGUACAAGAUGGUGGAUGAGUUUCCACUUCAGCGUCCUCAAGGCCCAGCUUCACUUCUUGCAUGGACUUUGACUGGACACUUCUACAUUCUUCUUGGCAUGCAUGACCUAGCUUUCAUUGGCCUCUUCAGGGCACUUUGUGGCUAUGACUUCUCUGGAUGGAGCUAA